AUGACUAAAAUGGCAGAGAAGGGCGGAAGACCAACGUUCAGCUACGGCAGCAAGCCGGUACCCAUGAAGCUCUUCGCGACAUGGGAAGUCGACAAAACGCAACCGUAUUGCAUACCGAGGUUAUGCAUGAUGCGUCUGUCUCGCCUGGUACUCAUGAAGACCCUAGGAAACGACGUUUCAUCUGUUCUCAUCGCCGUGAAGAUGCAGAGCUCGAAACGAAUACUCCGUUCGAAUGAGAUCGCUCUUCACGCAAACGGCCUUCUUGAUACUGAACUGGAUCUGUCUUUUUCAUUGCAAUACCCCCAUUUCCUGAAGCGCGAUGGCAACAAACUUCAAGUCAUGCUUCAACGUCGGAAAAGGUACAAAAAUCGAACAAUUCUCGGAUACAAGACUCUCGCCAUUGGAUCGAUCAACAUGAGCCAAGUGCUUCAGAAACCGGUGGACCUCGAACUGGAAUUGGUGCUUGGGGAAGGGGCUGCGGCAAAAUUGGAAUCGCAUCCCAUUAAUGCGUCCUCUGGUCCGAACCCGAGUUGCGGACAAGUUUGUGCCCGGAUUUCAGUCGUUUCCCUGUCCAGUCAACCCGUUAAUCAAGACUCUAGCGGUCAUUCAACGCGUCGUAAACACGUCGGGGUAUUCAGUGAUCCCGCUGGCAGUGCUGGAGAACGAGAUGGCGAAUUUUCUGACGACGAUGACGACUUUUCCAGUAAUGAGGAAGGUAGUGAUAGUGAGCCCAUGGCUGAGGAGUCGCAUGGGGCUGUCGCUACCCGGCCUGUCAUUGGAAGGAAAGUGUCGAGGGGCAGCAAAGCCAGCUUGACGCAUACAUCAGCCAGACAACGAAAUCUGAAGCAGAAAUUCGUGGCUCUCUUGAAGCGGUUCAAGGUGAGCGAAGACUUCCAAAGUGUGUUCACGUCUCCUGGUGUGGAUGAAAACUUGCCGCGUGAAAUGGAUCCAGAGGAGAUUGAGGAUUGGAUUGACGAACUGGAAGAUCUCGGUGCUGUGUCUUCCGAAUCGGGAAACGAGGAAGACGAAGAAGACACUUUGUCCAUAUCGUCGACCCCGAAGCCCAGUUUGAGACCAUUUUUCUCCUCUCGUUCCCUGCACGAAAGCAUGUCUCCGCCCGGAGGCGCCGCCAGUCGCGAGCAAAUGGCCAACGACGGUUCGAAGAAGGGCGACUUGGACCCGCACCCGAAUCUCACUGGAACCGACACUGAACACAGUGAUCCCCAGCCGCCGACCCCGGGGGCUCCGGCCUUGCUUGGGUCGUCGAGCUCGCCGCCCAAGGGUUCGUCGGGGGACGAGAUGCGAGAGAAGAAGGAACCCGGGAAGGGAUCAUCGGGGUUUUCGGACAUCUUGUACGGCGCCAAAACGCUGUUUCCCAAGGAAUGGGGCAGUUCUGGGCCGGGGUGUCCCAGCUUCCUGUUCAGAAGGUGUUUCCUCUUCCUUUUCCGCGAACCACCUGUCCCAUGA